CUUUCACUGCCUGGAUAUUACGCUUGUUUAGUAACAUCUUAAAUCAAGCUGCAAACAUACGUUUAUGUAUUUUUUUAUUUAAUAAAUAAAUGGUGUAUGGGCGGCUAUACAUGUUUGACGUACAGAUUAAAUAAACCUUAUAUGGUUUCUGCAAAGGGGACGCUUGGCGACCUCAGAAGUCGUAGUUCAGAUAGUAUAGGCUAGACUACAUCAUACGGCUACUUCAUGGUCAUAUUGCAAGCAUCUAACAAAUUAUACAAAAGAGUCAAAGACCCAAGGAAGAUGAUACCAUUUAAUAGUUAUUAAAUCUAAUAAAAUCUACAAAUAGCGACACUAACUGGCCUAAAAGUUGUACUCGUUCUAACGUACUGCAGUUAUUUCUAGGACUUUUAAGACAGGCAUUUUACUUAGACGAAAAUAUUGAGGUCCUGCCGCUGCUCUGGUCCGGGGUCCUAAGUGACGCUUCUUGUAAGGUUUUUCAAUCAGCUGAUUCUGCUAAGAGUAAGCAACGUAAAUAAAACGGAUUAUUGACAUUUUUUAUUGAAGUCUCAACCGAGCCUGUCGGCAUGUGUUGUCUUGAUGCCGUUUCACAUCCAGACUGCACUACUGAUGUGCUGUAGACGUUCGCCAUGGAUAAGAUUCUGGAGGCCCUGGUGAGCUCGUCUCACUCCGUGCCAGUGAAGAAGGCCAUCGUGAAAAAAGUGGUGGAAGCGGCAGAGAAGGAUGUGACGGAGGAGCAGUGCCAGGCUCUCUACAGCCUGACGGCGCGUCUCAUUCUCCUGGGAGAGGACGCCUUCCAGCGGCAGGUGGGAUAUCAGGUCCUGGAGGCGUACGCGCGCUACCACCGCGCCGAGUACGAGCGCUUCUGCAGCAAGGAGUUCAUAACGGGCCUGCUGCAGCAGGGCUACGGUCCGCUGGACCGGAAGGACCCCGCUGUCAUCGACUACGUGCACAGCUGCCUGCGGCUGCUGAUCAGCUGCCCGUCGGUGCUGGAUAUCUUCGGGGCGAUCCAGGUGGAGGUGCUGCGGAUGGUGUGCGAGCGGCCCGAGCCGGCCCUGUGCGCGCGGCUCAGCGUCAUGCUGUCGGACUUCGUGCAGUGCAUCCCGCGGGACAAGGCAGCCGUGCUGUUCUGCCAGCAGCUGGUCCGGACUAUGGCGUACUUCCAGUGCUCCGCCACCCGCGAGCAGGACCUGCGCGAGUACGUCUCCCAGGUGACCAAAGUGGGCGCACUGCUGCAGAGCAUCUGGAAGGCGGAGCCCGCCACGCUGCUCCCCUCCCUGCAAGAGGUCUUCGCCAUCAUUUCUUCCACAGACCCUUCGUUUGACCCUUCCAUCGCGCUGGCCAGUCUGGUGCAGCACAUCCCGCUGCAGAUGAUAACGGUUCUCAUCAAGAGUCUCACCACAGACCAGAACGUGAAGGACGCCUGCAUGACCCAGGCGCUGUGCAGGAUGAUUGACUGGCUGUCCUGGCCCCUGGCGCAGUACGUGGACACCUGGGUCAUCGCUCUGCUGAAGGGACUGGCCGCUGUGCAGAAGUUCACCAUCCUCAUCGACGUCACCCUGCUGAAAAUCGAGCUGGUAUUUAAUCGGCUGUGGUACCCCAUCGUGAGGCAGGGCGCUCUGGCUGUUCUCUCCCACAUGCUGCUCAGUUUCCAGCACUCCCCGGAAGCCUUCCACCUGGUGGUCCCGCACAUCGUGCCGCUGGUCCAGACUCUCAGGAACGACGGGCUCCCCACCAGCAGGGCGUUCCUGCUGCAAUUCACUGACCUGGUCCACUGCAUGAUGUACCAGUACUCCGGCUUCCCCGACCUCUACGACAGCAUCCUGGAGGCCAUCAAAGAGCUGCCCAAACCGGGUGAGGAGAAGAUGAAGCUGAUUCUGAACCAAAGUGCCUGGACCUCGCAGUCUAACUCGCUGGCCUCCGGGCUGCUGAGGAUCACUGGGAAGUCCGAGACGGGGAAAACGGGCCUGAUCAACCUGGGCAACACCUGCUACAUGAACAGCAUCAUUCAGACCCUCUUCAUGGCCACAGAUUUCAGGCGAUCUGUAUUGUCCUUGAAUCUCAAUGGCUCCAAUACUCUGAUGAAGAAGCUCCAGCUCCUGUUCGCCUUUCUAGCACACACUCAGAGAGCGGCCUACGCUCCCAGGAACUUUUUUGAGGCCUCAAGGCCGCCGUGGUUCACCGCAGGGUCCCAGCAGGACUGCUCCGAAUACCUGCGCUUCCUAUUGGACAGGCUGCACGAGGAGGAGAAGACAAUCCAGGCGUUUCGGCUGGCGAAGCCGGCGCUGGUGUCCCCGGAGGCCAGCUCUAAUGGCACCAGCGGGGCGGUGGUGCCCCUGCCGGACGUCCCACACCCCCAGGACGUCCCGCGCCCCGCAGAGGGCCCGGCCGAGAGGGAGGAGGACAAGGAGACGCUCAUCGAAAAGAUGUUUGGCGGGAAGCUGUCCACGGGCAUCCGCUGCCUGCAGUGCACCAGCGUGUCUGAGAAAGAGGAGCCGUUCUCCGACCUGUCCCUGGCCUUCUGCCCCCCCGCCACGCAGCGGGCCCCGCCCGAGGGGCCCCUGCCCGAGGGGGGCGCGGAGGGGGGCAAGGGGCCCGGCGGGGGCCACCAGGGGCCGGUCAGCGGGGGCAGCGAGGCCUCGGAGGCGCUCGUCAGGGAGAAGCAGGCGGGGCUGAACGGGGCUCCGCCCCCUGCCGACCGGCCGGCCCAGGACCCGCCCCUCUCCGUGCCCGACCUGAUCAACUACUUCCUGGCGCCGGAGAUCCUGGACGAGGACAAUAAGUACUACUGCGAGACGUGUGGCGCGCUGCAGCGGGCGGAGAAGACCAUGCAGGUGGUGCGGGCGCCCGAGUACCUCAUCCUCACGCUGCUGCGCUUCUCCUACGACGCCAAGUUCCACGUGCGCCGCAAGAUCCUGGACAACGUCUGCAUCCCGCCGGUCAUGCAGCUGCCCGUGCACCCCCGGGGGGGGCGCUGCUCGCCCCCCGCCCUGCAGGUGGACUCCCCCGACAGCGGCGAGAACCUGGCCAAAAAACUCAAGCCCUCCGGGAUGGAGGAGGCGGGCAGGAGGCGGGGCCAGAGAGAGGAGGCCCCGCCCCCGCCCUCGGCCCGGCCGGUGCCGUACGUGCUGAGCUCGGUGGUGAUGCAUUCUGGGAUGUCCUCCGAGAGCGGGCACUACUACUGCUACGGCAGGAACGUGAGCGGGUCGGACGGGGGCGGGGCCCCGGGCCUGCGCUCCAGGGCGAGCGCCGAAUCGCUGGACGGUACGGAGGCGGACCUGGCGGUCUGCGGCUCCCUUUCCACGCAGGAGGCGGAGCUAGCGAACCCGCCCGUCAGAGACUGGUUCCUCUUCAACGACAGCAGGGUGACCUUCACCAGCUUCCCCUCGGUGCAGAACGUGACCAGCCGCUUCCCCAAGGACACAGCCUACGUUCUGAUCUACAGGAAGCAGGAAGUGAGGUCGCUCCAGGCAGGAAGCAGCCCCAACGGCCUGCGGCUGAGCGCAGAACCGCCGCUGCAGAAGGAGCUCAUGGACGCCAUCACCAAGGACAACAAGCUGUUCCUGCAGGAGCAGGAGCUGAACGCUCGCGCCCGGGCCCUACAGGCCGCCUCCGCGUCCUGCUCCUUUCGCCCCAACGGCUUCGACGACAACGACCCCCCCGGCAGCUGCGGACCGUCCGGCGGGGGCGGGGGCGGGGGCGGGGGGGGCUUCAGCACCGUCAGCCGGCUGGUGUUCUAACGGCGCUGGAGUGCAGCAGGGGGAGCAGCUGCAACACUGGAGACGCCGGGCAUGCCAGCCACACCCCCCCCGGCAGCCCAUCCCCCCACAGCGCCCCCCGUCCCCCCCACGGGCACCGGGGGCUGGGACACUUACAGAGACUCUACCUCUUGCCAUGCCAAGCGGUGGAUGUUCAGAGUACCUGCUGUUCUGUUCUGCAUGUACUUACAAAGAUGUGCUAAAUUUCAGUUUGACUCUUUUUCUUUUCUUUUUACAAGACAAAACAUUUUGGCGAUUUAAAAAAAAAAAAAAAACAACAAAACAAAAAAAACUUUCUCUCGUUCAUUGCCCAUCUGGACAGUAAUAAGACACACAAAGCAUAUCUAAUGCAAUAAUUUUAUACUAGGAUGCAAUACACACUUUUUUUUCUGAUUUCAUUAAAUUAAUUUGAAUUGCUGCCAUUGUGCAUGAAAUCCAUAGAUGGAAUCAACUUUUAAACAACUUGAAAUGUACAUACAAUUUUUUUGGUCAAAAUGUGAUUAAGUGCUGGUAUAUACAAUUCUAAAUUUUUAAAUUGCAUGCUGAAUGUUUAGAUUUAACUUUCCUAUAACAGGGUUUGGGUUAAUAUUAUUGAUAAAGAUUAUUGAUAUUACUUAAGUUAUUUUCCCAGUUCAGGGAACAGAGUUCAUUCAUUGUUCAUUUAAGAUUUUAUGUGCCUUUGUAAUAAUUUGUCCAGAUGGUGACACUUUGAGAAUUGUCAUUUUUACAGAUUCUGAGAGACGGCGUGCUGUACAGGGGCCACGUUUCGUGGACCCCACACUUUCCCAAAAUGAGAAGUGAAGAGUGUUCUGUCAUCCCCCAGUGGUUCUGUUCUUAUUUAUGGUGUUCUGCAUACAUGUUCUCUGGCUGUCCGUCUCCUAUCCCCAGCCCAGCCGUUCACCACUUACCCACUGGGGGACAGACUCGGGACUGCUAACUCUGCUUUAUUUUAGCAGAUGAUUAAAUCUUUCUGAUAUACUGAAAGAGGCUUUUGAGCUGUCAUGUGAGAAUAUGCAGUGAGAAAUCUGAAAGCGCUUUAGUUCACUCAGCCUGAUUUAGAAGGUGGGCGCGCUGUUCUGGCCGUAUUUUGAAGUGCGCGCGCGCCCACUCUUUCCACCUGACCCUGUCGGCUUAUUAAGGAAUCAGAAAAGAAAAAUUCACCUGCCAAGUCUCCUUCCACGUGUGUGUUCCAUUUCUUCAUUUUCUGAGAGGCUUCCAGCGAAUUACUGAUGCCGUGUGACAGGCGUCCAAUUUUAUCUAGGCCUGGUGUCCGUCCAGGACUGUGCUCGAAGGUGCCAAAGGGAUGGGUCGAAGAUACAGAGGAUGCGAAUUCUGCCUGGCGGUCUGCCCCUCUCACUGACGGCCAGUGAAUACUUAAUCCACGUCUCCGAAAUUAUAUCACGUGGCCUACGUGGGACAUUCAAGCAGUGGUUGCAUUUUAAGUUCAAGUCCGUUAUUUAUAUUGACUGAGUACCAAGGUACACAUGGUGUGGUUAUCCGUUUCAAUAAAUAAA